AUGAGCAUUCCGGUUCUCUCUGCUCCCCCCAAUGCUAGAACAAGCUACAUCAUUGACCAGCUUGAGGGUGAGCGCAUUUCGAUCCCCGGUAGCAAAGGAACUUUCAGAAUCUUGGCCUCGUCCAAACAGACAAACGGCGGUAUUGCCGUCUUUUCAAGCGGUGCUGUUCUGUCGGAUGCUCCUGGCUUCCACUGGCACGCGGAAGCGCACGACAUUUUCCUUGUGACAAAAGGUUACCUGAAGCUAUGGAAUGGUGACAAGUGUCGCAUCAUGGGACCGGGUGACUUCGCCUAUGUCCCCCCUCUACUUGGCCCCCACUCUGAGACCCUGGGCUUGGUUGCGCCGGGUGACUGGGUCGACUUCUUCAGAUACGUCGGCGAGCAGUACAAUGGCCUUAUCGUGCCAGAACACGAUGACCAGCAUUCUGAUCCCAAGAUCAUGGCAGCGAAGGACCGAUUCGACGUGAAUUUUGAGCGCAACUACACCCCGCCUGAGCUCGCCGAUUGGCAAGAGUCAGAAAAUGUCCUCCCCGGUCCUUUGGAGCCCUACUUCCUUCGCGCCAACACCGGACCCAGAUACAUCCUUGGCGGGGUACUUUCGCGGCCAUUUAUCAAUGCCUCUCAAUGCAGCGGCAAGUUCUCAAUCACAAGUCUUGAGUCCUCGAAGCUGUACGCAAAGUCUCCUCUUGCGAGGUGGUUGACGUUCUCGACAGUGGACCACUGCUUCUGCGUCCAGGAAGGUUUGUUGAAAGUCAAGCUAAAGGAGUCUGGCACUUGGACCGAGGUCAGAGAGGGGCAAACUCUUUUGGUCUCAGCAGGCCAGGCGUUUACACUCGACUACGGCAGCCGUUUUAUGAGGGCAAUCACUUUUACCAACGGACCUGGUAUUGAAGCCUUGAUUCAAGACGCUGGCCAGUCUUAUUCAGGUUUUGUUCUGCCAGAAGAGGCGGUUCCAUGGAGCGAGGAGGAGUUCAAGCAGGCAACCGAGGCUCUCGACGUCAUUGCUGAAGAUUUCUGA